UCACUUCUUUUUUUUUUUUUUUGCAGAUGUAAUACCCAGGACUACAUAUGGCACAAGGGGCUGCGUUGCGAGUCCAUCAUCACCGACUUCCAGGUCAUGUGUGUGGCCGUGGGCACCGCCGCGCUUGUUGUCCUUCUUCUCUUCAUGAUGACUGUCUUCUUUGCCAAAAAACUCUACCUGCUCAAAACCGAGAACUACAAACUACGUAAGAGAAACAGGUACCGGACUCCCUCCGAGCUCCACAACGAUAAUUUCUCACUCUCCACCAUUGCGGAAGGCUCCCACCCAAAUGUAAGGAAACUAUGCGACACUCCAUCUAAACUGUCCCCCCAUGUCCGUGCCAUGGCUUACUAUGAUAACGUUAUCUGUCAGUAAAUAUUCGUAUCUGAUGAGAAAAAGUGUAAAAAUCACACAGAAAGAGGACCCAAACGCUCCUCAGAAGGUGCAGGAUCUGCCCAAGGCUUGCCUGAAGGAUGAGGAACCUUUCAACAUACAGAACUCUCUAUCGCCCAAGCACGAGAGCGGGAAAGGGGACCCAGACAUUGUCGACGUCAACUGCGUUCUUAACAACUUAACAUGAGGACAGCCGGAUAGAGAGAGAUGACUUCUCUGAACUUCUUCAGUGCUGAAGGGGCCAGUGAAAAAAAGCCCAUCACCGUUUCCUCCAGCACUGACAGGGGUUAAUGUUUCAUUACCACGCCACCCCUCUAAUGUGCCCCCCUUCCUUGGCAUGCUUUGGUGUAUUUUGUACAGAGAUAUGUGGAGACGUUGACAGGACAUUCCCAGUGUGUGAAGUAUGGGUCUGAGUAGACUGGAGAGACAACACUAUACAAAGAGGAAACUGAUGUAGACUCGAGGUAAAGUGCCCUUGUGUCCCGUGGAAGCCGCCGCUCUCUUUAGGCCCCAGUCUUAACCCACUUCUAAAGAGAGCGUGACCUGUGAUGUCACAGGAACCGAUUACAUCACUAACUGAACCAAUACGAGAGUGCGGCCUGUGAUGUCACUGGGAACUGGUCACAUCACUUACUGAACCAAUAUAAAAGUGCGACCUAUGAUGUCACCAGGAACCGAUGACAUCAUUAACUGAACUAAUACGAGAGUGUGACCUGUGAUGUCACCAGGAACCGAGGACAUCACUAACUAAACCAAUACAAGAAUGCGGCCUGUGAUGUCACAAGGAACCGAUGACAUCACUAACUGAACCAAUAUGAGAGUGCGACCUGUGAUGUCACUGGGAACUGGUCACAUCACUAACCGAACCAAUAUAAAAGUGCGACCUAUGAUAUCACCAGGAACCGAUGACGUCACUAACUGAACCAAUAUGAGAGUGUGACCUGUGAU